AUGUCAACGCUUCAGGCACCCGCCUACUUUGUCAGCCAUGGCGGCCCGCCCACCAUGUUCGAGCACAAGCAUCUUGCCUACCAGCACUGGCUUGAGUGGGGCAAGGAGGUGCGGGCUCUGCAUCAGCAAGGUGUCAUCCGCGGGCUCAUCUUCGUCAGCGCGCACUGGCAACCUGAAGACCUCACACAAGGCGUCUACGUAAACGUCGACGAAAACAAUCCGCUCGUAUACGACUUCUACAACUUUCCCGACCACUUUUACAAGCAACGAGUCGAGUCCUCGAAUCCUGCCAACAUCUCGGCGCUCGUCCUCGACCACCUUCGCAGCUCAGGAGUGCCCGCUCAUCCAAUCAAGCGCGGCAUUGACCAUGGUGUGUGGUGUCCCCUCAAGGUGGCUUUCCAGAAACCUUACCUGGAGGAACUAACACCGGAGCAGCGUAAAACCCAAUCAGCUUCCGUCGACACUCCUUCGACGCUUCCGGCCACCUUGUCGCUCACACAAGUCUCGCUCCCCGCCUCCGAAUCCUCGAUCGCCUCUCUCAAGCUCGGCGCAUCGCUUCGCGAGCUUCGUCAACGGGGUUUUGCCAUCGUUGGCGGCGGUAUGUCGGUGCACAAUCUUCGCGACAUGAUGAGAAUGUUUACGCUUGGGGGUGGCCGCGGUUUCGGCAAGCUUCACUCCACUCAGUACUCGCAGACGUUUCUUUCGGCUUUGGACGAGGCCAUGACCGCUAGUCCCGCAUCUCAUGACGAAAAAAAAUGGACCAAGGCGUUGGAGCUCGAUCAGAGGAAUGACUUUCUACCAUCUCAUCCCACGCCCGAACACUUUUUGCGUAGGUACUUCCGCUUCGCCUCAAUUUGA